AGAGAUGACAUUGAGAAGGUGGGGGAUAAUAAGAAGAUGGAACAGCAGCUGAAAAAUGUCAACCAGGAUGUGGAACAACUGAAGAAGCAUUUGCAGGAGAACAAAGAGGAACAAACAUCAACAAAAGAAAAAAUAGAAGAAAAAAUUGAAAAAUUAAGAGAUGACAUUGAGAAGGUGGGGGAUAAUAAGAAGAUGGAACAGCAGCUGAAAAAUGUCAACCAGGAUGUGGAACAACUGAAGGAGAAUUUACAGGAGAACAAAGAGGAACAAACAUCAACAAAAGAAAAAAUUGAAGAAAAAAUUGAAAAAGUCGACAGCUAUGUUAUUGCUUUAGAGAAACACGCUAAUGAACAGGCUGAGGAGGCAAUAGAAAAA